UGGGAUUACAGUUGAGUUUUUUCAGGGUGAAUGAAUGAAUAGUAAGAUUAAUUUUGAUUGUAACUAACAUUGAUAACCUUUUCUUUCUUUAAUUUUUAUAUUUAAAUUCUUCCUUUGUGGUUAGAUGAAUUUUAAUUGGCGUCUCGGGGGACCACUGUGAUAAACCCUAGCUGAUCGGGAUCCAAACCUAACUUACUCUCCACACUCUCUUUUACUACUCUCAUCUUUCAACACAGAUCCACUUAUUAUUGUCUCUCUGCCGUUUUCAUUCAAUGUGUCGACUUUGAUUAAAGCUUUUAACUUUGUUGGAAAUUAGUUAGUUAGGAAACAAGCUUUCUAGGAUUCCCCUUUACAUCGUGUGUCUUGUCAAUUUGCUGGUUUGACACUCUCUGGGCCAUGUUUAUUAAAUGCCACUUGUUAUAUAGUGAGACCAGAAGAACGUUGUCAUGGAAAGGAACACCCUUUCUUCUUCCCCUCUUUGUUGUUAUGUUUGAAAUAAGCUCAUUGCUUGACAAUUGACAAAGCUUGUUCUUCUUGCUUGUGUGUUGGUGGUAGGUCUAUGAUAUCUAUCAUACAGCUUGAAUGGACUGCAACAUGAGAUCUCCGUUUCUGUGGGACUUGGAGAAUUUGAUCUUGCCCAACUCGUCAAAGCCUGAAAAUGACAAAGACCAGCUCGCAACAGCUACCGAGUGGGAAACUGAGAAGGGUGAAGGAAUUGAAUCUAUGUUUCCUUGUUUCAAUGGCCUCGGGAGAGUCAGUAAUUGCUCUACCACCAGUCUCUGGCACACUCCUGUGUCCAAAAGCUCACAGUCCACCUCCACCAACUCAUCUUCUCCCGGAGUCAAACAACGCAUGCUUGCAUCAGAAAGUUCCCCUGGAGAUUCUUGCUGCAACAUCCAGGUGAAGGCAUCUGUUGCCUCUGCUGAAUCGGACCUUUCUUUGAAACUAGGAAAGCGCACAUACUCUGAAGAGCUUUGGGGUAGAAGCAACAAUAAUGACAUUUCUGCUGUUUCUGUGAAGCUCUUGACUCCUCCAUCUGUUGUUUCUCGAAAGAAAUCUAAAUCAUCAUGUGGUCAGAGCAUGCAAGUCCCGCGUUGUCAGAUUGAUGGAUGUGAACUGGAUCUCUCAUCUGCUAAGGAUUAUCAUCGCAAGCAUAGAGUCUGCGAGAACCAUUCAAAGUGCCCCAAAGUUACUGUGAGUGGCAUUGAACGUCGAUUCUGCCAACAGUGUAGCAGGUUCCAUGCUGUGUCUGAAUUUGAUGAGACGAAACGAAGCUGCCGCAAGCGUCUUUCUCAUCAUAAUGCGAGGCGUCGCAAGCCGCAAGGAGUAUUUCCAUUUAAUCCUGAUAGGGUGUACGAUCGAAGACAGCAUACAAAUAUGUUGUGGAAUGGUUUGUCUCUAGAUACAAGAUCUGAAGAAAAGUUUGCAUGGGAAACCACCUAUGAUAUAAAGCCUACACAGACGGAGAGCGGCUUUACUCUGAGCUUCCAGAGAGGUAAUGGCUCUGAGCAGCAGCUGUUUGCUAGUAGCAACCACUCUUACUCUACUUAUCAAACCUCAGGCGGGUUAUCAGCAGGGAAGCCUAAGUUUCAACUUCAUGGCCAAGGUGUGGGAGAAUACUCGGGAGUCCUCCAUGAAUCACAAGAAUUCCACCGUGCUCUCUCUCUUCUGUCAACUUCUUCUGAUCACCUGGUCCAACCACAUGCACAGCCACUUUCUCUACUCUUUUCAUAUGAUGGUGUUCCAAAAUAGAUGAGUAAGUAGUGUGAACUUUGUAAAACCAGCUUAGCUUCGGUUAGUGGAUACUAAUCAAAACCAAUCAGAACAACUUCAUACUGUCUGCAUUUGUAUGGCGACUUGGGCUGCUUUCUUAUUUGUAUCCUUGUUUGGUUACCAGUUAGUAACAAAGACAAUUGUCAACAAAACACUAAACAUUGAAUAUAUGGCAAAGAAUCUGUGUGUACGAA